GCCAAGGAUGCCACCUACAUGAACUACUGCUUCAAGUGGCUUUUAAUCCUCUUCAAACGCGAGUUCUCCUAUGACGAUAUCAAAGUCCUCUGGGAGGCUCUCUGGAGCGACGUCGUUCCCAAGAAUUUCCAUCUGCUGGUCGCGGCCUCCAUAUUCUACGGGGAAAUGGACAAAAUUAUGCAGACCUGUGAGGAUGUCAACCAGUUAUUGCAGGUGCGUACUGCGACUGCUCUGGUCGUAAUUGGUUCAGAAAACCUUCUCGAGCUAGUCUACACUCCUUUCAUUAUUUACGCUCGAAUGAAGUAA